AUAUGCAUGAGACAUUCAGACAAGGAAGUUGAAAAGAAAAGAGAAGUGAAAUAACUUUAGAAAGUGUCUAGAGAAGAAAAAUGUCUCGUAUUUUACCAGAUUAUAACCAGCUGAUGAGGUUCACCAUAAAUGAUGUUUGUAACUGGUUGGCAGAGAAUCGAUUUGGAGAGUUUGUAAAGCAGUUUAGAGAGCAUGGUAUAGAUGGAAACAGAUUUGUGACUUUAUCUGAUCUAGAAUUAUCAAGGAUGAAUUGUCCAAUGGCCAAAAGAAGAGAUUUGCUGAAAUUGGUUAAAGAACUUCCAAAGCCAGCAGAGUCAUCAAGAGUGAAGAAUAUAGUACAGCCACAAAUACCUUCCACCCCAAGCCGUGAUUAUAACCCACCUCACCAUGGGAGACCACCACCACCAAUACCUGCUUCACAAGCACAAGUCAAUGGAGAGAAUGAUGAUGAUGAUGAUGGUUCCGGACCAGAAGAUGAUUAUGAAUGGGGUGCAUCAGAUUUUUCAGAUGUUUCAUCAGAAGAGGAUUAUGAAAACACACCGGACAGUAUCGCACCAGUCGCCGAACCUAGACGACCAACACAACAGCCUCCAGGGAGGAGAAAAGAUAAGUAUAAAUAUGAAGAUACAGAUAGCGUUGGAUCAUAUGAAGAGCCUGACCCACAGAGUGCACCUCCACCCUCCGUUCCCACCAGGAGGGGUGCACCACAAGUAGCUCCUUCAGGACCGCCUCGCUCAGCACCUCAUGUAAUACCUGUUAAUAGACGUCCUGUGCCACAGAUGCCACCAGAAGAACAACAGCCUGUUUAUGAGGAAACAAAUGAAGAAGAUGAACAGCAAGUUUAUGAUGAAACAAUGGAACAGCCUGUAUAUGAAGAUCCUGAUGAGCAACCUGUGAAGAAACCGGCUCCAAGGAGACAACUUCCUGUCCCAGAACAGACUAAUACAAUGGGGAGAAAAAUACCAAUGAGGACGACAUCAGAACCAGAUGCGCCAGCACCGCCACCUCCCAGGGGUAAGGGGAGACAACCCCCAAAGGCUGGAAAGAAGGCAGAGGAAUCCUCAGCUCCAGUACCUCCUCCUCCUAGAGGGGUCAGAAGACCUCCUCCAGAACCUACGCAAGAGGAAUUUUAUGAGGACCCAGAUAACCCACCUCAGACUGGACGUAAAACAUCAGGACCUCAAAUACCUCCACCUCAAGAUGAUUUUGAACAGGAUACAUAUGAGGAUCCAGAUGCGGCACCAACCCCCCAACAUGCUACAGUACGCAAUUCAGCUUUGCCUCCUCUUCCAAAGGGAGCUAACCAAAAGUCUUUUGUGCCACCAGUGGAACAACAGGAUGUAUAUGAAGAUCCAGAUGAAGCCCCUCCACAGCCCACUCCAAGUAGAACCAAGAUAGCAGCAUUACCACCAACACCUAAAGCAUCACAACAGAAGUCCCCAUACCAUGGGAGAAAGACUCCAGCAGCACCAAAACAAGAGGAAUUUGAACAGUUGGAGUAUGAGGUACCAGAAGAAGUCUUGAAAGGACAAAUGCCACAGGAUGACUAUAUGACAAUGCAAGCUUCACCAGAAGAUACAAAGAAAAAGAAUAAGAAGAAAGGUCACGAGGGUGUACAAGUCUUUCCAGUUCAAAAUGGAGGUCAGAAUGCAUCAUUACCCCCCAGACCUGGUAAACAUAAACAAUUACCCGUCCCUCCUAUGGAUACAAAACCUGCUUCUCCAGCAGAGGUUAAAAGAGAGAGUUCAGGUAGAACAAAGGUAGAGAAAGUCAAUAAAGCAUUAUCUUUAGAAGAACAGCCAUGGUAUCAUGGAGAAAUAGAACGGAAUGUUGCUGAUAAUAAAUUGUUAGGAAUAGGAACAAAUGGGUGCUACUUAAUAAGAAAAAGUAAGAAAGGAGGAGAAACAAAGCCAUACACUUUAGCUAUCUUUUAUGAGAGUCAAGUUUUCAAUCUGAAUAUUAGAAAGAAACCAAACCAUCAGUAUGCUUUAGGGAUGGCCAAACCCGGUGAACAGGAAUUUUCAAAUCUUAUGGAUUUGGUAACAUUUUUUCAAGGACACAGAUUGAUAUUAGCUAAAGGACAAACAAGAUUAAAAGUACCUUGUCAAUAAUAAUGGAGAGAUUGGACUAAUAUUUUGCUGUGAUAUUGUAUCAGUGACAUUCCAUACAAUAAAAUCUCAUAGUUACAUAACACAAAUAGAUAUGUGUUGGUGCCAUUUAUUAUAUAAAAAUCUCAUAGAGCCAUAAAAAAAAGAUAUGUGAAAGUGAUAUUUCUGUAAAAAAAUCUUGCAUAUCCAUUUAACAAAGAUAUGUGAAAAUGACAUUUAUUGUUUAAAAAUCUCACAUAUCCAUAAAACAGAAAGAUAUGUGAAAGUGACAUUCCCUGUAUAAAAAUCUCAGAUCCAUGAAACAAAUAUACAUGUGUGGCUGUUAUUUCUUAUGAAGGGAUCUCACAGUCAUAAAACAAAUAAAUAUUUUACAUCACAGUCAUGAUUUGAAAAAAAAAUAUUAUUGCAUCCUUUCUUUGUUGAAACUUUAAUAAUAUCACAUAUUAUUGAACAUCUAUAUGAUAUGAUAUGUAAGAUAUAUAUAUAUAUAUCUAAAAAUAUUACCUAAAAAUACUAAUUAUACAUCCACUUUAGUUUAAAAAUGAUUAUUUUUUUUACCAUCUGUUCUUCCCAUACCUUACAUGGUUACGAUUAUAUAUUUUGGGUUGAUUGAUUGUUGUUUGCUAAACUGCUAGUGGCAAAUAUUGCAUCAUGUUCAGGAAGAUAAAGAUUCUGGAGCACAACUUGCCAGCUGGUUAUUGUGCCCUGGAAAAAUAUCUUUUUGAAUUAUCCAAUCAAUUUUUUUAUUCUCGAAUUUAAGUUAUUUUAAAUUGAUUUAAUUCAUUAUGUAUGUGAGAGAGAAGAUAUUUACACAUUUUUAUUUUUAUUUUUGAUAAUGUUCAUAUUUAGGUUACUUGUUCACCAUAACUCUGCCCCCCAUCAAUUGAAUAACACCCUUUUACCACAGCUUGCAAUAAGUUUGAUUGGUUUAAAUUACUUUGUCUACAUGUUCAAUAUGUUUCUUCCUUAACUUGUCAUUCAAUUUUAAAUUUACAUUGAAGUGAUAUACAUGCCUUGAGUUAAAAAGACAGAGAGAAUUUGUAUGUUACAUCCACUAUACCUUAGCAAGGUAUCAAUGUGAUGACUUUCAGUAACAAAGCAUUCCAUGUGAAAUGUUUAGAAUACACAACAUAUUGCAGGUUUGUUGUAGACAAGGACGUAUAUACUAUAUACCUUCUUGUUACACUUGCAAACAUUGUGCCAUUGUAUUUUUAUAUGAUCUUCAUGUAUUGAAUUUAUUUACAUUGUGAAGCAGGAUAAUUUAAUUGUGUAUCUUAUUGAUUUUAAAAGAUAUAAGGUAUAAUAAUGAUCAUAUAAAUGAGUUAUGUCCCUUGUGUUUAUCACACGAAAUGUUUUUAAGUUGUUAUUUGGCUUGAUUAGAAUCUUAUGGAUUUAAAAAUAAUGAAUGUAUGAUUGAGUUAUGCCCCUUACAUUUAUGUACGGUAAUAUGUUUUCAAGAUAUUUUUAUUCUGCUUGAUUUGAAUCUUAUUGAUUUAUAAUAAUAUGCUGUUAGAAAAGGAAUGUAUGAUUGAGUUAUGUCCCUUAAAUUCAUCCAUUAAAAUAUGUUUUCAAGAUAAAUUCAUUUUGUUUGAAAAGAAUUUGUGUUUUGUUUAAAUGCAAUUUUUUGACUUUGACAUAAAUAAUGUUGCUGCCAAUUUUAUUAUGUCUUAUACAGAACAUUUACUAUCUUAUGCUGUUGUCAUCUUUUUUUAUAUAUUAUUUCAUGGUGUAACCUAUUCACUUGACGUCAAUACUUUAUACAUGGCUUGAAAAAAGUAGAGUUUUAUGACUGGUUCUAAUUCAAAUUACAAAUUGAAAGUACAUUGUAUAUUCUUUAAAUUUUGGUAAUUUUUGUCAUAAAAGAUAAUUAAAUAUUCAAAAUUUACUCUAAAUCUGGAAACCUCCUUAUUGUACCACUGGCACAGCAUCUGGGUUAAAAAAUGUUGGGUUUUUUUUAACGUCUGAAUUGUUGCAUAUAGUGUGAACCUGACAUGGUUCUUACCCUGUAACCUAUAAAUAAUAUUAUCUUAAUACUUUUCAUCGCAGAAGAUAUCCUUGAAAAUGAAUGUAGAACAAUUGAAAUAAAAACUUGUACAUUAUUUUUUAACUCUAAAGUUUUUAACUAUAUUUAUUCAUAACAAUUAAUUUGAAUAUUCUAAGGAAGAUUAUACAACCAAUGAAACGUAACUAAUGUUAUAUAUAUAUAUUUACUGUUAUAUUGAUGCAGAAUUUAUGAUUUUUUUGUUGUUGAAUUGCUCAGAAUGUCUUUACAUUAUAUUAAAGACUUAGAAUCAUUA